AUGGGAAGCUUUGUAUGGGAUAAUCCGCGUUAUGGUCAAUGUUAUAAUAAUCGGCCUUUAUCUGUUGCUUUAACAGAAUCAUGUGGAUCGGACAUAUUCCCUCGUGUUGAAAGUGAUUUUGCAUUAAUGUGUCAUCCUCAAAAUUUUUUAUCAGGUCGAAGAUUUCGACGAGAGUUUUUCAAUGUAUAUCAUCCAAAUGCUUAUUAUGGUUCAUGCUGUUGUUUACCAUCAAUGCAAUGGGGACCAAUGUGUCAUUGCACUUCAAGAGAUGGAUUCGUUAGAAAUUUAGGAUCGGUAACAGUAGAAGAACAUGAAUUUCAACCUGUGGUUAGAUGUGUUCGUCCAGUAUCACCAAUUAUUCGAGAAUUAAAAGUACGUCGACGACCUUCAUCGUGUGUUGAUCUUCGAAAUCAAGAAACGAAAGAAGUUGAUAUACGUCGUGAAGAACGUUAUGAAUAUCAUUAUAAUUAUGAUUUACCAAAACGACCACAAACACCACCAAGACGAGUUCGUCCAGUGACAAGAGAUACCGGAACAGCAACUAUUAACGUUCCCAAACGACCUUUAACUAUGACAGAAACUGAAAGAUUUGAUCGAUAUGAACAAGAAGAAAAAAUAAAAAAAGAUAAGAUUACAACAGAAAAAACUCAAGUUACUCAUACAGUAGUAGAAGAGCCAAUACGACGUUAUUAUGAAUAUUAUGAUACUUGCGAUCAACAAUAUCAACAAGCAUGCAGAAAAGCACAACGCAAAGAUUUUAUACAACGAAUGAAUGCUCAAAAUGGUAAAACGCAAUCAUUCAAUACAUUAAAUACAUUUUCGGAUUGUGGAACAAAUUACGUUACUCUUCAAUCAGUACCAAAAUCAUGUGAAACAGAUUAUUAUACUCUUCAAUCAGUACCAAAAUCAUGUGGAACAGAUUAUGUUACCUAUCAAUCAGUACCAAAGUCAUGUGGAACAAAUUAUGUUAUCCAUCAAUCAGUACCAAAAUCAUGUGAAACAUUUGUUACUACUACGGGAUCAAACUCUUCUCAAGGUUUCACAUGUGACAGAACAGCACCAUUCACUGUUGAAGAAAGUUCUAUAACACGAAAUUAUGUUAAUACAACUUAA